CUUGCUGGCCUCCGAAAUGGGCUCGACUCCUUAGCCUUGAUUUCCACAAUUUUCCUCUGCAUAUCACCUUUUUUUUAUGAAGCCAAGCAUAUUCGCGAUGACAUUUGGAGGUGAAUUGGUGGAUGAGGACAGCCAGGUGAUUUCAGAGCUGGUUCCUGUGCUGGCUGACUGGCUUGCAAGUUUCAGUUCCUGUGUAGUACAGUAAAGCCACUUAUUUGCUCGGAAGAUUGCAAUGAAGCCAGCUCAGGAGCGCAACCAGGAGUGCCUGCCUCCUAAGAAGAGGGACCUCCCAGUUAGUAGUGGAGGUGGGGGGACAGCGGGAGGCGGGGUUGGUGGAGGAGGAGGAGGAGGGGGAGGAGGAGCCGGUGCUAUUGGAGGAGAUGAAGUGGCUUCCACUCAGAGCUCUGGGGCCAGCAGUGACACUCAGGGAGGGGCUACGUCUGGGGAGUGGUUGCGAGCUCAGCCAGGGCUUCAUUAUGGCGUGGAGGGCUCUGAUGGCAUACCCACGGUGCCUGUUGACCAAUACAGCAUGCUGUAUAAAGUGGCUCUCCCAUCUGUCACCUACUCGCCUACCAGUCUUCAUCCAGUGUUAAGCCACAUCUCUCAAGCCUACACAGUACACUCCCCUCUCUUGCAGCAUCCCGGCAUUCCCUAUCCACAUUUAGGCUACGCCCAGAUCCCUCAUUCCUCUCUACAGUUUGUUAGCCCCCCGUAUGCUGCAGUACCUUAUGCUGUACCCCCUGGCUUUGUCCCCAGCUCAUUAAUCUCUCCCUCAGGCACCAUCCCUCAGCCCCACACUGUCUCCCACCUCGUUCCCUACUCAUCUGUCAUACAGGAGGGUGUUGUCUCCCCUCCACCCCAGGCCCAGGUGGCUGCUCAUACCUUUGCCAAAGUUGCAGCUUCCAGUGGUAUCCCACUGAUGCUGCCUUCAGAACAGGCCACCCAGCAGCACCUUGGCACAGUGGGCGUCCUGCCCGCAGCAGAGCUCAGCCCUCGAGGGAUGCCAGUCUUCUACCACCCUCAGGGCGCCAGGGUUGCGGCUGCUCCCAGGGACCCCCACGGCAUCCCGCACGAGAGCGAACCGGAGAUGAACGGAGGAGAUAAGGAGCAGGGAGCCAGGGAGGUAAUUCCAGACUCAGUCUACACUGCCAGAAAUGCACGGCUGUUGCACGUAGCAUCUAGCUCUGUAGCACUGGAGCACAUGCAGGACAGAGGCCUGCAGAGCCGCAGGAUGGAGGAGAGGAGCUCGCCUGGCCAGCGCAGCACCCCAGACAGUGACCUGGAGGUCCAACAGGUGGUUGGCCGCUUAGCCUCCUCUGUCCAAAGUGGUAGUGGUGGCCGCAAAGAGGUGUCCUUUGCUCCCUUGAACCUUUCUCAGGGUUCCCAGAGAGCCAAAGAAGUCCACGGGGAGUCACCAGGUGUAAUUUCUGGCCGGACUGCGUACACAGCCCAGCCUGUGGGCUACAGCGACCCCAGGGUGGCCACGCUUCAGCAGCAGCCAGGACAGCCAGGCCAUGCCGUCAUGCUCGCCAAUGGGCAGCCGGUCCUUAUUCCUCUGGAGUAUCACCCCCAGCAUCAGCCGCAGCCCCAGCCACUACAGCAACACUACCCAGGCCAGGCCAACGAUGCCUCAUCUUCUACCACCAUGGCCUCUUCUGCCCCUAACUUUAAAGCCUCUGAUCCUCCAGCCAGAGUGUGCCUCCCUGACAGAGCUGUGGUGGAGCUGACCACUGCUCAGCAGCAGCAGCAGCUCCCUCAGCAGCCUGUCGCUACAGCUCCAGCAGAUCUGACGCAGGCUUUAGCCCCGAGCCUCGCUCCUGCCUCUGCCCCCUGCAACCCAUCGCACUUCAUGAAGGGGGCCAUCAUCCAGCUGGCUACAGGGGAGCUGAAGCGUGUCGAGGACUUGCAGACUCAGGACUUUGUGCGGAGUGCCGAAGUGAGCGGAGGGCUUAAGAUCGACUCCAGCAUGGUGGUGGACAUCCGCGCCAGCCAGCAGCGACCGGGUCUCGUGGCGCUUCACUUCACUGUGGGUGAGCAACAGAGCAAGGUGACCAUUGACGUGCCUCCAGAGCACCCCUUUUUUGUAUUCGGCCAGGGCUGGUCAUCCUGCAGCCCCGAGCGCACAGCCCAGCUCUACGGCUUGACCUGUCAUCAUCUGCAGGUAGGAGACGUGUGUGUGUCCAUCACCUUACAGCAGCAGCAGCUUCAGCCACAGCAGCAGAAACAGCCCCAGCACCAUCAUCAUCAACAACAACAACAACAACAACAGCAACAGCAGCAGCAGAGCCUCUCCAGGACUUCCAGUAAAGCCAACUCCACAUCCGGGCCUGGUCACCAGCCUAUGGGACCACCUGCCCCGCAACAGCCAAGGCCCCAGUCUCAUUUCAGGAUAGAACGUAUUCACAGAGAAAGACAGAGGGAAAGAGAGAAAGAGGGGGGUGAUAAGGACGAGGCCAUGCAGUCGGGCGUUGUCGGGCACACCGAGUUGCCCACUAGACCAAAUAGGACCUCAGCAGAGCAUAGUAGGAGCCAGAGCAGCUACCAAUUGCACACAGAGGGCUCUGCUUGUCCCGGGGCAGGGAUGGGAGCAGUGCAGUCUGUGUUGGGCGCUUCUCAGAGGCGCUGGUCAUCACCUGGCCUCCAAAGAUAUGCCAUGAAGGGAGACGAAGGGCCGCACCCUCAGAUAAGCACCUCGGGCUCCACAAGGCCCUCGUUUAUCCCCCAGGAGGUCAAACUGUCCAUCGAGGGGCGCUCUAAUGCAGGGAAGUAGCAUAAACUUUGGUAGCAACUGUAGAAGAGACUGCCAAAAGUAAGAAUGAGUGUGAGAAGGAGAGAAAGAGGAAAAAAGAGUGAGAAUGUAGCCUCAGAAUGUUUGAGAUUUUGCACACCUUCUAAGAAUACAAGGUCUUUGUUUUUAUCAAAAUGGUUCUCGUCUGGUUUGGUUGUGGGUCAGCCAAGGAAAAAAACGUGCUCUCCCAGCCAGCUGAGAUCUUGAAAGGGAGAGGAAAAGCUGAACAGAAAAGUAUGUAGCUGAUGAACCACCUACCAUAGUCCUUAUAGACUGCAUUUCUCUUGCUCCCUCCCUCCCUCCUUCGCUGCCACGCCCUCACACCCACGCUCAGAGGUCAUCAUCGGGCACUUGCUUCCUUUUUUUUUUUUGUCUCAUAGGAAGAUCACGGACUAAGGAAUGUGUUUGUAGCACAGUGGAGCUCCCAAUGCUGCAGGUUCUGAUGCAUUGACAAGAUCAUGACCCUGUUUGCUUCAGAAGCAUUCGCCCAAAAAGAGUGGAGUUGUUGGCAUCAGCAGCUCCUAUGGUUAUGUCGAUGCCAACUGUCCAUGUAUGUUAUGCUUCUCCAGCAGGUGUCUAAAACCUUUACCGUCAGCAGAGCUAUAUCCCCUCCCCCCUCCUUCCUUCCUUCCCUGCCAGGAGUCCAGUCUGCAGAGAAUGGGAUCCUCUCUCAGGCCACGUGUGGGAUUUCCCACGAAUCUUACAAUCACCAUAAUGAUCAAUCAAUGUAUCUGUUCAGCAAUCAAAUGUCUGCUUUCAUUGCACACCAUCACGCCCUCUGGCUUUCCCCUGAACAUGCGUGUAUGUAAACGCCACGGUUUGGGUUCAUGUUCCCCCGCUUAGUUUUCUAACAAAGUAGAGAUAUUUUGCAUUCCAGUGUCAUCCGUGAGCAUAUCAACCACUUAGCGUUUCACAUUUUCCUCAGAGAAUCAUUUCACCUCCUGAGCACCGCCCUUCCUCCUCCUCUUCCUCCGCACUAUACCUCAAAGCUUUCCCGACCAGACUGGUGACUUUUUAGUGUCAUUUUUAAACAGUGUAAUGAGGAUGCACUGGCUGGUCAUCACCAAAGUCACCUAUGGGAAUGAAGCUUGAGAGGCGCCACCCUUCCACAUCACCGGUGAUGGACCACGCUAGCCUAACCCCUCCCCCAGUUUACCAGAAGGGAAAGUCCUUCUGGCUCGGUUGCCUUGGAAAAGAUGUGUGGGUCAGCGACACGGUGUACUCCUUGCCCCUCAACUCGAGUCAGUCUUUGCUCAGUUACUAAGUUAAAGCAAUAGUUUGUCUCCAGAGCACAUGGCGGGGCUGCGUUCCCCCCAGGAAUCUCUCCAUGUGCUGUUUUAUAUCUCUGCACAGCUGAGGUAUGAGAUCGGAUAUUCUUUUAACCCAAACCUGAAAACUUUUUUUCUGCUUCUAACAGGUGAUGCGCCGUUUCGGUAUUCAUUUUUGUUACGUCAACAAGUUCUACAACAGUCAAAGCACGCCUUUGGCAAAUUUCUCAAGAAACCGUGUAUUUUGUAGUAGAUCGAACUGCCUCUCUUUGCAUUGGUUCUCCAUCUCACGGAUUGUAAUUUUUUUUUUUUUUUUUGCUAAUGUGGAUUUAUUCAAGUGCAUCUCCAAGAGAGGCUUGACUCUAAUUAAGUUGUGAACAUUAUCAGUUCAUUUUGUCUUUUUGUUUUGAUGUAUACUGUAGGGUCCUUUUUUUAUUUUGUACUAGGAUAUACUUUAUCCAGCAGAUCGUAUGAUUGUCUUUGUGUUGCACAUAGAAAACUUCACUCAUCGAUGUCACACUGACCUUGUAAUGGGAAUCACAGAUGGUAGGGUUUUUUUUUUUUUUUUUUUGUAAUGAAGGGAAUAUGUUUGAAGUAUUCUUGGUGUAUUUUUCUUUUUCUUUUUCUUUUUUUCUUUUUUUUUUUUGGGUGAGAUAAAAACUGACUUGCAUAUUAACUCUGUUUACAAAUUAGCCAAGAUGAAUGCUGCAGUUUCCUCCUUCUGACAGAUUUUUUAGCAUCGUCACUGAGAAAAUCCAAAAGGGUUAAAUUAAGAUUAAGUGCAAUUAGACCUAACAUAAAAAUCAUUAAGAUGUUUAUAAUGAGAUGGCAUUCCACAUAUAGACAUUCCCAUGAAAGAAGUGUAAAUCACACAGUUCCAGUUUUCCUUAUUACUGUCAUAGACCUUUAACUUUACCUCUGGUAUUUGAUCACCUCUGUCAUGCAUUCAUUUUGAUAUCACUUUAGUCACUGGGCAUCUGACACAACUCCAGUGAUUAUUUACAUUUUGUGUGUCUGAGCAAUAUUUCAGCAUCUGUACUUUGUGUGAGUUUGCGAACUAGCUUGUCAUGUUUUAAAGCUAGGAUGUGAUGGGCUGAUUGGAGUUUCAUUUAAAAUGCUAUAGUGUCAAAUGUCGUUCAUAUAUGCUCAUCCCCUCCAAAUCCAGCCCCGGAUGCCUGUAAACAUUUCUGCUGCAUGGAGCCCCUGAGGACUCGUGCUUCACUGAGCAUACAGCCUGACCCAUGUCAGUGAACGGAGAGGCCGUGAGAGAAAUGUCGGAAAGCAUAAACCUGACCUACACUCAUCCUCUUGCGCUGUCAUUAUGAACAACUUUAAAGCAAUAGUUUGGAUUCUUACCCAUACAGUGGUGUUGGUGGCUCCAUGCGAAGUGUAAUCCAUCCACCAAGUUUGGUCCAUGAAAUCGGCCCCUGUCUGGCAAUGAAAGUGAAACCAAAGCCAACAUUUUGUGCAUCCCUCAAAACAAAGCUGUUCUCAAUACAGGGAAGAAGUUAUCAGACUCAGCUUGGUGGAUGUAUUACACUCACAUCGACCAGCAAAUACCACGACACGAGGAAGAAUCCAAGCUGUCAUUUUAAGAUGCUUUGAAAUGGUUUUCACGGGUGAUUGCCAUUCAGAAACCAGACAAUUUCCCCACGAUAGAGUACACAUACAGAGCUACCAUAAAAAGCUCACUACAUUUUGUUUUCAAGCAAUUAUUUGAGCUCUUUUAAUGCUGUAUAAGCAAUAUAGUUACACAAAAAUACCUGAAACCAUUUCAUGUUGUCUUGGCAUGUACUAUGCAGUAAAAUUGAGGUAUUCUACCCUUCAUUGUCUACCUAUUUGAGCGGGUAGGGCAGGUUUGUAUUGUAUGCAAGUUGGCUGAUGCAGUCAUCGUACACUGACUGGUUAGGACUUUGGCUUUAAAUGACCUCGUCAUAGGAAAAACGAACCAGUGUUACUUAAGUUUUUUGCUACUUUUGUGUCUAUUUUUUGCUCAGCGUUCCCCGAUUUGUCACUGACUUUCCAAAUAUAGCAUCUCGUUCACUCAGAUCAGUACACUUCUGAUGUUGCCACACAGUCGGAGCCAAAUAUCAUGAGAUUAGUGUCACUCAAAUUUGCAUGUGUAUCAAGCAUCGAUACUGGCAACCACUCGCCAAGCCACUCCCAACACUGUAUUUUCAGUUGAGACGCCUUUGUGAUAGGAUGUAAAACGGUGCGAGCAGUGCCACCUGUGACUUUACCUCCUCUGAAUCCUCACAGCGACACCGCCCUGUGCUGCGAUGAGCCUUUUAUCGCCCUCUGCUUUGAGCAAGGCCACGCUGUGUUUAGCAGGAAAGCUCUACUUACACCAAGAUGUCCAGCGAACUCGCUUUAUUCACAUCACUGAUAGUCUUUUAUAGUAAAUAAUUGCACUAAACGCCCUCCUUUACAGUGUUUGAAAAGUGAACUGUUGGUGAAUUGAAGCGUUUCAACAUGUAAAGCACACAAAAUCAUGGAAAAAUCACAAAUUGUGUGUUCCUGUAGAUAGAUUUUAGUAGUUUUUUUGUAUAGCUAGCUGUUAAAUGAUGCUUGUUGAUAAUGCCUUAAGAUCUGCUUUGUACAAUGUGUUGAUGGAAUAAUGCUUCUAUAAUAGACUUGGGGUUCAUUUUUUUUUCCAGAGAAAAUCAGAGAUGCCCUUGAUCCCUCGACGCACUACACUUUUGCUCGUAAGCAGAAAUUCAUCCGUAGUGUUUCUGUCUCCCAAGGGCUACAGCGAGCGGCUGUAAAAGGAGUCUCUGUGGGCACCAGACAGUUCAGCCAUGAAAUCACAACACGUUUUUUUCUGCUUCUCUUUUCUUCACCUCUGCAUGAUCUGUUUCGUUUUAUUUUUGAAAACACUGCUAUGGCCUGCGCUUAACAUGUAAUUUCUGUUUUUCUCGUCCUGUCCGAAAGUAAAGUGAGUGGAAGCUCUUUGCACUUUUAACAAGACCACGUCGAGAGCGUCUGCAAUGGAGGGCAGCCCCUUGCCCCUCCCGACACCCCCUGCCCCCCGUCUUGUACUUUUGGCCCUCGGCCCCCCCGGUCAGUACAUGGUGGUUUCCUUUAGGCCCCUGGUGAAAAAGGCAGGCUACUCAAAUUCCAGGUAGCUUUUUAACAGUGGUGAUGUAAUGAUUUCGCCAUUUAUUUUGUGACUCUGAGAAGGGGGCUCUAUAUUCCUUGUGUAAACUACUCCCUGUUGUUUGGUCCAAUAUUGAAUUAGAGCGGUGAAUUCGGGAUGGUUUUGGUAUCGCCGAUGCCGAAUCAAAUCAAGAGAAUGGGAACGGUUUAAAGUUUUAAACGAGUACAUUGUGUAUUUCCAGAUUUGGCAUUGUACUUUUUUGGCACUAGGUGACACUGCUUUUUAUGUGACAUGUAAUUAGUUACGAAAAAACAAAACAAAUUUUUUUUUUAAAAAAAGCAUCUUUUGUUUUUUAUGCCUAAACCUGCAAAAUAUAUGCAAUGAUGUACAUGUAACGUUCAAUCCUCAAGUAUAAUCCAGGUUGUAUGAACUUUGUAUAGUGAGUUUUAAUAUUGUAUGGCCGUACCAAUAUGUAUUGAUUCUUUAUCAGAAGCCUUAGAGUUGUCGACCCAAAGUGCUCCCUUAGAAUACCCUACACCUACCUGAACUUAACAAAGCAUUAAUAUCUCUAUUUUGUUGCAUUUUUAUUUGUACCCUUUUUUGAAUAAAAUAGAUUUGUACUGUA